GCCAGCAGCUGUACGGGCUGGACGGCAACCCGUAUUGUUAUGACAGUGCCAAGGCAUUGACAGUGCUGGCUGGCGCAUUUGUUGCUAUUUGUCCUCCAUUCUUCCAUUCCUAUUGGUUCUUUAUUCUAUGGUGCAGCUUUGUCGCCUUCACCGUGGUCGCAUUGCUUUCUGGAGAGACGUUGCUGAAUGCAAUGUUGUUGGGACGCCAUUGCUGAAUAACUCGUAGAGGCAGAUGGUUCACUGAGCGUGGUCUUCCCUGACGGACGUCGUCCUUACAUGCAUGUCAUUUUUCAACGCUUGUACGCGUUAUUGCAGUGCCAUCAAUCGUACGUCAAGAAGUGCGCAUGUGUGAAGUCUCCUAACGGCAGCCUUGAAAUGGCAACUACGAGGAAAGCCCCCUGCGACAAUCUCGAUGUGGCAUCGACGCCGUUGGCAAAAAAAUGGGCAGGCGAAGGUGAAGCAGCGCUGGACAGUUACAACAGCUCGAGUAAUGCAAGUGUGUAUGUGCCAGUUUUCGAGAAAGCCACUCUGGAGCAGCUAAUGUAUUACGAUCGCCCUUGCUCUGCGGGGAGAUCUGGACAAAGGUGUUGGCUGAGCGUCGAAAUGUGUCCAUGGAACAGAGUACUACACGACCUUGGUUUCGAACUUGUCGAGCACAAACCUGGCAAGGUUAGUUUGCAGUCAAUGCCGUACGCUAAGGCCUACAAAAAACAUUGCAGUGUUUAUUUCAACCAGUCUUCGUGCCUACUUACACGGCUUCUUGAGCGCCACUGUUGCAUCGACGUGUGUAAGCUGUUCUCUCGGAAGCUUCCCAGCAACGCCGACUGCGCUGACAAUCCGAACGAAAAGUCCUACCCCAUUCGUUUGGCUGCCCCGUUGCGAGACGGACCCAUCUUCAACAUCCGCAGCCUUAAGCUUGUACUCUCCAAAACCCCCGAAGAAACUCCCGACGAAGCUCCAAAGCACCACGUGCACGUAUUCGAAGGCCUCCAUGCUGUCGCUGGUCUCGAAGAGCUCGUGAUUGAUUGUCCCGAGAUCAAUUUCAAAUUUUCAUUAGAACUGGAAGCGCUGCUACGACGCAAUGCCAGCACCCUCAAAACAGUCAAGAUCCUCAUUGCAACUCUACCGAGGAAUGUAUACCGUGCGCUCCAGUUUCUAAUCAACUGCGAGUCACUGACGUUUUACCCAUGUUUAAAGAUUGGCAGUCGCAUCCCGACCACCGACUCCGUGGCACAACUUCUGUGCAAGACGAACACCCUGAAGAAAGUCAGUGUUUGUUCUGUCGUAAAUGAUGAGCAGCUGACCACACUGGCAGAAGCCAUCAACGCCUGCAAGUCUUUGACAAAAGUGACCAUGCACAUCACAGAUAUGAGCUGCUCACCGAAGGCUUUAUUUACUGCGCUUGGAAGCAACACUACCUUAAAGAAACUGCAGCUUAAAGAGGGUAUUAUUGAUGAAACCAGCGGACAAGCUCUGGCAUUCGCAUUGGAAAACAACACUUGCCUUCGUACCCUGGAAUUUGAGGAUUCUAUCUUUUGUGCUUCCGGCAUGACGCACUUGGCAGGAGCACUGAUGAUAAACACCACAUUGAAAGAGCUUCAUAUGACUGUCAAGCUACCCAUGGCACUAGUACAACAACUCUGCGAGGCACUGGCUGUGAACAAGACUCUAAAAAAACUGACAUUUGGUAGCUUUGAUUCUUCCAUGCAAGAAAGGGUAUUCUUGGCAAAGUGCUUGGCUCAGGACAACUACUAUGGCCGCGUGCAGCUACCCUGGAGCGAGCCUGAUAUCCCAGGUUUGACAGCUGUUGUGGUGUGCCCUGAAUUGUGCCCCGAAGAACUGAGCUUGCCAGCUAUUUCACACAUAUCGGCGGUAAAUCUCAGGCCCCUUCUUCAAGCUAUUAGUAUAAGCAAGCGCAUUCACACCUUUAAGACUUGCCUUGAAGGCGACGCCGGAGCUAAGGGUGCAGCUGUCUGUGAAAUGCUGAAGGCUACACAUUACAUCACAACAGUGGAGCUUGGAGUUGAACAUGAUGAGGGGGGUCAAUUUCAUGACCUUAUGCAUGCUCUGGUGGCAAACAGAAGCAUAACUGUGGCGACCAUCACUGUUCAUGCCAUCAGCAGGCUCGAAACUGCUGAAGAUCUCUCAUAUUUCCUAUCUCACAACACAACAGUAAGUGCACUUGCCUUCUACUCUGACUCUAGUUUCAGUACUGAAUUUGUGAAGGAGCUUUCGAAAGGAAUGUGGAGGAACAGUUCGAUUGUAGAGUUUGUAAUAGCCCCCAAGUUGCGUUGCACUGAUGAGAGCUUUACCACCUUUGAGGCCGUGCGAAGGAACAAGGGUGCUCUGAACCGUGCGGUUGAUUUCAUUCUCCAGCACAAGGCAGACCGACUAUGUGCAGAAGGGUUUGAGAUGUUUGCUGGAAAACCUUGUCAGCUUGAUUACGUAGCAAAACUCUCUGGGAAAACUGAAGCUGAGGCAGUUGCAGCUGUAAUCUCAGCUCUGCACUUUUUGAGGGACUACUAUUUAGUUAUCACAGGAGUUGUCCAGAAUUCCGUUACAUGCCAUCCUGCAAAGCACACACAGCUGGACUCUCUGAAUAGUGACUGCUGGCGCGCAAUUGCGCGCUACCUUAGCGUUGACGAUGUGCUCUGCCCCGUAUCUUGAUUUCCCUUUCAAUGUGCAGCACAGUUGAUGCCAGGUUUAGUGAACAGUGCCUUGUUUCCUCUGCCCUGAUUAACAGCAACACACAAAAUGUUUUUAUGUUCAGCUUUUGCUUGUAGCAUAUUGGAACCAUAUGGUUGGCUGUGUCCUUGAAGUCAACAUGUUGUGAUGCUCAAGUAAUGCAAAGACCGAUCUUUCCAUGUUUAGAGUGUGUGCACACCUCCGCUGCAAACACCACGAUUUACGCAGUUCACACUGCUUUCCCCACUGCUCUCAGGUUCAAGACAUUUGAGGGGAAUGUCGUGGAUUUCCCCAGUGAAUUUUUGAAGGAGGUUAGGGCUCCUACUUGCUCUUAUUGUACAAUCAUUUCAUUCUUGCCUUCCUGCCUCCUGAUCUUGAGAUCUCAGUUGGCUAAAUUGCAAUAGUGAAAAAGAAGGCGGAAAAAUGUUGACCUACGUGCCUUUUGCCAUGACCUAAUUACUGGCAUUCACUGCAGCAGCUGUAGCAGCGAUGACACAGUGAGACUUGUGGUAAGAUCGGUCUACGAGUAUUUAUUAGUCUGAUCCAUUAUUAUAUAACUUGCAUGUGUAUUUUGUGGCCACAAUGGCUCUUACGAUUGCCGCUCAAUUAAUUACUGGUCAUGUUAUUUGUGUAAUUAAUUAGUGUUGCUUUUUGAAGGACAGCAAAGGGAAACGCACUGACCGAUCACUAGUGAUUGAUAACUUUUAUGUUCACCUUUCAGCUGUUACCAUAUAUGUACCUACUGCGCAAUAUGCCUUAGCACAGUGUGGCUUUGUGAUUUUAAUUUGUUUGAAACUGUGUGCAGGCGUAGUCGUGACACUGGUGACAUUAUUACAGUAUUCGAAGUUUAAGAUGGGGCAGUGCUGUUGCCACUGAAUUCUAUGUGUGACGAUUUACAAACUCUCAUUGUGAUAACUUUCCUUGACCUUUUGCCACGGACCUUUCUAGAAAGUCAUGCCUGCCCACUAGCGGCUACGAGGGAGCCUGGGAGUAGGGUUUGCAAUUCGCUGCAUCACAUGCUAUUGAGGUUUCCUUCUGUUCUUAUAUGUGUGCAUAUUUUCAAAAUAGUACAGUCAUUUGAACUUUCAUGAGUUUGUUUUAUAUUCUACCAUGCUGUGUUGAUAAACGACAUUUAGUUAUGAAAGUUUCAAAAUUUUAAUUUUCAACUUCAGCUCGUGUUGGAUGUCUUGUUUCUUUUUAUGGUAAAAUUGAAUUUUCAAGUUUAUAAAAUUAUUUGAAAAAAUUAGAACAACUUUGUUAUGCUCUGCCUAGACAAAAACACAAACAGAACAAGCUCUUUUGCCUCCAAUAACUUGAACAAUGAAAACUUGCCAAGUGUUUGGGUUGUUUUUAUACCCGCAAGCUCUUGAAGUUUCUGUUAAGAUUACGAAUUCAGACUUGUUCUAUAAUUUUACUAAUACUUCGUCAAGCUUUAUGAAAAAUAAAUUCUGCUCACAAAAAAGCUUCACUUAUCUGUCUCUGACCACAACCUAGGGAAUCUUCCAAUGGUGAAAGGACACCGGAGGACAUGAGAUUGCAUUAAGCAAGUUUAUUCAGACUAGUUCUGAAACAGGCAACACAUAUACUCAGCAGCCUUCCACCAUUAUUGACAGUCUGCUAAUGUCUUCCUUUUUUUUUUUUUUUUGUUCAAAAGGGCACCUUCAGCUUUGUGCUUCAUAGGUGCUGCCUAUGCACAACUUAAAAAGCACAUCCAUCAUAAUUUGUGGUAUGGCGGAGUGUUUAGCACUUAUUUUAUUUGUAGCUGUCUAGACAGUCUAGUACAGUGGUACUAACACUGCAAUACUGCUGCUGGUAAAGACUGGCUGAUUUUUCUUCUGGUAUCUGUUUCAAUUCUGCCAUCCUCAACUGCAUUUCCCUUCCCUCGUCACCCAUUCUGUAACUCUAAUGGUCCACCGGUUAUCCACCCUGCGCAUUACAUGGCCUGCCCAGCUCCAUGUCUCUCUCUUAAUGUCAACAAGAAUAUCAGCUAUCCCCGUUAGCUCUCUGAUCCACGCCACUCUCUUCCUGUCUCUUAACAUUACGCCUAACAUUUUUCGUUCCAUCGCUGUUUGUGCAGUUCUUACCUUAUUCUCAAGCUUUUUUGUUAGCCGUCAAGUUUCUGCCUCAUAUGUUAGCACCGGUAGAAUGCAAUAAUUGUACACUUUUUUUUUUUUCAAUGACAGUGGUAAGCUCCCAGUCAGCACAGUCGAGGAUGGCAGAAAACUAGGUGGGUGAUGAAAUUAGGAAAUUUACAGGUGGAAAUUGGAAUCAGCUAGCGCAAGACAGGGGAAAUUAGAGAUCGCAGGGAGAGGCCUUCGUCCUGCGGUGGACAUAAAAAUAGGCUGAUGAUGAUGAUGACGAUCUGUUUCAAUAGCACUGAAGGACACCACGAUUGGAACAAGAUUAAAGGGCAAGAAACAAAAAACAGAACAUUGAUUUACAUUGAAUGAGACUGCGAGGCCAGAAAGGGCUAUUGCAUUUGAUAAUGUGCACAAAAGCAAUAGGCUCCAACUUCUGUUAAGCCUUACUCUCGAGACAGUUUGAAUGUGGCUACCAGGCCAAUGUGGCAGUGCACUUUUUUGGAAAGGUCCGUUGUACAGUAUGGUGCACUGUUAAAGGGAACACCUAGCAACUAAUAAGGCCAUAACUGGAACGUUUCUUGACUUUUACCCGAAAGAAGUGGCCGAUGGAAUCAAUUCGACAUGUAUACAUAAAAAAUCUGUCUGAAUAUAUGUUGGCAACAAUUGAUGGCAGAAUACUAACUGUGUGUUCCCUUUAAUAGUGGACAAUACUGUACAUCUAUCUGUAAGUCAGCAUCUGUACCUGUUUUUGGUUUUCUGAGCCUAAAGUUGGUUUUAUGUGAUAGUAGAAUGUGAGAAAAAUCAUUUUUUUUUUUUUAGCUUUUGUAGCUGUAAAGUUGCCUCUGUUACACUGGGUGCGCAAGGUUUUGAUGACACAUAAUGACGACCUCCGGAACAACAGCAAUAUUUCAGACAAAGUUCAAUAUCUCCAUUCAAAAUAUUUUACAGCGUUUCUUUUGCUGUUUUUUUUUCUUUUUCCUUUCUUUAUUUCUUUUUUUUUUUUUUGAGGCUGCUAAAAAACCAUCUUCAGCCUCAAUUACUGAACUAAGUUUCGAUAAUGGCUACAUACUUGGUUCAGAUAUAGCAGCCUGUAACAGGUUUUUAUCAUUAUGUGGCUGUUAGGCUUUCUCUUAGUGAUGUCUGCCAUACACAGCAGUGUACAGCUUUUGAUAAUCAAAACUAGUACACUACGCUGAGAGUGACGUGGCCGCAGAAGUUCAGAACCAGACAUUCUUGGGUUGCACAGGUGCUAAGGGAUUAAGCAAAUUCACUAAUUAAGAGUGGCACAUAUUGUCAUCGUGCGCAGAAAGCUUGACUGUUGAAUCUGGCACCCCAAGCUGCUCGGCAAUGGGCAUAAUCAGCUUUUCAGGGUUCACAGUCAUCGUGGCCUCCCCCGUUGGAGAAACUCAGCCGUCUGAAUAGCGUCUGACCAGUGGCAGCGCUUAUUUGUCUAUGUCAGAGAUGAUAAUUGACCACAAACUCUCAUCUCACCCUAAAAACAAAGGGGUUUUGCGACUAUCAAGAAUUCUGGUGGUGAUCUAUGUAGCUGUGGUCACCAUGUAAGGCAAUGUGCGGCUUCAUCUCCUUUGCGAGAGUGUAAGGAAUGUAUGUGCUAGAUAGGUGACGAAGGGGUUGGUGUGGUCGGAGUUAAGCACCUAGACAGAUAGAACAAGAAUGUCAGUCUAUGGUGGGCCCUCAAAUACCUCGCGCACCUGGUAUUGCAGAAGGGGCACUGUUGUGAAUAUUCUUACUUACACAGUAACUGCUGCAGUGACUGCAACUUGCUGUGACCUAUUAUUCGUUGUGUCUGUAUUUAUUUUGUAGCUCAUUUCAAUGUGUGUACUGCUACCGGCUUUGACUUGACUUUACUAGUUCUUAUUUUCUUUGAGCUUCCAUCAGUUACGACUUGCUCAUGCAUUGCAUCAACCUAGCAAAGCCUGUUGCUGGGUGAGUUGGUGCUCUGCUGCGCGGAACUACUGAAACAGAGUAUGUGUGUCAUGGUACAGCCGGUGCAAAGAAUGCAAACAAGGGAGAACAAAAACAGACAUGAACAAAUGCCACUACCAACUGAAAUUCAUUUUGAGCAAAAAAGAAUAUCUAUGCAAGAAGUGAGCAAAUCUGCAUCAUGCAUACAGAAUGUGCUAACAAGGAUAUACCGUGAUGCGGUGUUGAAUCACUGAUGUGGCCUUUCCAUACAUUGUUUCUGAGUCUAAACCUAUGCUCUCCACUCCUGCUUGGGCCUAAAAUAUUGGCCUGUAGUAGCCUGUAAAUAAAAAAUAAUAAUAAUAAAUAAACAUGACUCUAAAUAUGCAAAUUCAGUGACAUACAAAGAAAGAGAUGAUCAUGAACAUGAGAACAAGGUGAGAGCAGGAGCCAACAUUUCAGCAAGUGGACUUGUCUUUUUCAAGGCAACAUAUUCUCUCCUCAGCACAGUAUAUACAGGUAUGGUUCUUCAAAAGGGGAGAGAGGGUAAGGCAGGAGGGCGAGGUAACAAGCGAGGGUGUAGAAAGGGAUGUAUCACAGACUCAUUUAUCACCAUAUUUUUUAAUGUCCCCUUCAGGGUAUAUGUUUCCAUCUUUUAAUGACUUUUAUUGAAGCAUGAAGAGCCGAAAAUGAUAAUAUAUUUUUUUCAUUGCCAGAUUUAAUUCGUGCCUGAAGGGGAUAUAAAAUGCCUCCAGUGAUUUGAGGAUGAAAAAUUCUGGGCAGGAGCAAUAACGCUGCUGCAAGAAAUACACUGGAGGCAUUUUAUAAUAUUAAAUAUGGCGAUAAAUACAUCAGUGAUAUGUCUCUUUCUUUGUGUACCGCUGAACUUGCUUUGGACACUGCUUCAUGUCAAGUCCUUGUUAGUGCAUUUCGUAUGUAUGGUGCACGAGUGGCCAUUGUAUAAAUAUUUUUUUCUGCUCAAAAUAAACUUGAGUUGGUAGUAGCAUUUGUUGGUAUCUGUUGUCAUCCUUGUCCACAUUCAUUGUGCCGGCUAUACCAUGGCACUGCAUCAGUAUGCCACAAGUGGUCAUAAAUUGGUAGACUAAGUGCAGUAUGCAAUUUGAAUUCUGCCUCAACAUUGUGACCAGUACCUUGCCUUGGAGUGGAUGCAUGCACAUCAACCUUUGUAGCUCUUGCUAUCUAGCUGAGUCGUUUUUUGAGAUCUGAAGUUUUGGUUCACUGUUCCUAAUGACCUGAAGGUCUGCACUCGCAGAUUAUUCAUAGCCCUUAUCACCAGUUGUGUUCACCUUUGGUGUUCAGAGAGAAGUCAUCUCUUCGCAUUGUGAUACUGUGUUCCUUCUUAAAUCCCCGGGUACUGUCUUGUAUUGUAUGCCCAUUAGCUUCUUAAUUAAGGUGACACAGGUGUGACAAAUUUUUGCUCCUGUGUGAUGUCUUUUUGGUCACCUGUAGCCAUGAAAGUGACCCUAUUGUCUCGUACUGUGUCAAAGUGUUUAGUGUUGCUUUUAUAACUGUGACUUAAUAAAGUUUGUAUGCAU